GUGAGGUUCAGCACAGACCAGAAAAAGAGCAGGGAAACCAGCCAGGGGAGAAAAUGGAUAAAUUUAUUUCCUGUCAGGGAACUCAGAAGGGCCUUAAGGAAACCAGAAUACAGCAGGAAAUCUGCAGGGAAAAGCAAAAAAAAUACAUGUGCUGAGUGUGGGAAAAACUUCACUUACAGAUCAGGCCUUUCUCAACAUCAGAGAAUCCACACAGGGGAGAGGCCCUGUGAAUGCACUGAGUGCGGGAAAACUUUCAGUAGCAGCUCACACCUUAUUCGGCCUCAGAGAAUCCACACACAGGAGGGAUCCUAUGAAUGCAGUGAGUGCGGGAAAACUUUCAAUCGCAGCUCUCACCUUAUUCAGCAUCAGAGAAUCCACACUAGCAAGAAGCCCCGCGAAUGCUCUGAGUGUGGGAAAUACUUCAGUUAUAGCUCAGCCUUCAUCUCACAUCAACAAAUCCAUGCAGGAGAGACACACUACACAUGCUCUGAGUGUGAGAAAAGCUUCGGUUAUAGCUCACACCUUAUCACAUAUCAGAGAAUCCACAUGGGUGAGAAACCUUAUGGAUGCUCUGAGUGUGGGAAACGCUUCAGUCAGAGCUCAAGCCUUAUUAAACAUCAGAAAAUCCACAUGAGAGAGAACUAUAAUAAAUGCCUUGACUGGGGCUGGCCAAAGAAUUUUUUUUUAAAUCACAUUUGCUAA